AUGCUUCACCACGGCGCAGCUUGGCUGCUGCUGCUGCUCUCGCUCUUCCAGAUUGUACUUUGCGCCGAGGACUACUACAAGGUACUACACCCUCACCAUCGCCCCUCUUACAUGGCGCUUGUAGAUCCGAAUGCUAAUGUCUCCCUCAAGGUCCUCGGUCUAAAGAAAGAUGCAACAGAUAAGCAACUCAAGUCGGCUUAUCGCCAACUCAGCAAAAAGUUCCACCCAGACAAGAACCCCAAUGACGAAACUGCGCAGGCCAAGUUCGUCGAGGUCUCCGAGGCAUACGAAGCCCUGAGCGAUCCCGAGUCCCGUUCGAUAUACGACAAGUACGGACACGAUGGCUUGAAGCAACGGCGACAGGGAGGCGGCGGCCACCACGAUCCGUUUGACUUGUUUAGUAGAUUCUUUGGCGGAGGUGGCCACUACCAGCGGGGACAGCCACGCGGACACAAUGUCGAGGUCAAGGUCGGCAUCUCUCUGCGCGAUUUCUACAACGGUCGUGAGACCGAAUUCCAAUGGGACAAGCAGCACAUUUGCGAGGAGUGCGGCGGCAGCGGUUCGGCCGAUGGUGUUGUUGAUACCUGUGGUCACUGUGGUGGACACGGUAUUCGCAUUGUCAAGCACCAAUUGGCUCCUGGAAUGUUUCAACAGGUACAAACACAGUGUGAUGCCUGCGGUGGCCGUGGCAAGACAAUCAAGCACAAGUGUCCUGCUUGUGGUGGCGCUAGGGUUGUACGCAAGCCUACAACGGUAUCUCUGAAGGUCGACCGUGGCGCCGCCCGAGAUUCGCGAGUGGUCUACGAAAAUGAGGCAGAUGCCAGUCCCGACUAUGUCGCCGGUGACUUGGUUGUGACCUUGGCCGAGAAGGAACCUGAACUCGAGGCGGAUAACCCAGAUCAUGUUGACGGCACUUUCUUCCGACGCAAGGGCAACGACCUAUUCUGGAGAGAAAUUCUGUCGCUACGGGAGGCUUGGAUGGGCGACUGGAGCCGGAACCUGACACAUUUGGAUGGGCAUGUCGUUCGUCUCGGUCGCGAGCGCGGCCAAGUGUUGCAACCAGGACAUGUGGACACCAUUGCCAACGAGGGCAUGCCCAUCUGGCAUGAAGAUGGCGACUCGGUCUACCACACGACAGAGUUCGGGAAGCUGUUUGUAGAAUAUGUGGUUGUCCUCCCUGAUCAGUUGGAGAGCGGCAUGGAAAAGGAUUUCUGGGCACUUUGGCAAAAAUGGCGGGGCAAGGUUGGAGUCGAUUUGCACAAAGACAGUGGCAGACCAGACCUCCCUAUACCAGACUCGGCCGAGGGAAAGAAAGAUGAGUUAUAG